AGAUGAUAUUAAUUUUGUUACUUUCGAGCAUUUCCAUUUCACAGUCCGAACAGGCUGAUGCACUGUGCCGCUAACCAGGAGGACAAGCGCGACCAACACCGACAACUAGAACGAACGCGUACUAGGCCUGGACUAGCGAAAGUGAGCAUCACGUGAAGUAGGUUGCGAUGCAGUGCUAGUGGAUAGAAUGGUCUUCACAGGUAGGAAGAUGAUAAGAACGUGAUAAUAAGUGUAAUAAUAGAACCACCACCCCAUUACGGUGAAGUUGUGUGUUUUUUGAAGGAAGCAAUGUCGCUGAGAAGCUCAAAUGCCUCACUUCUUGAUGUUUUGAAGAAAAAAAACGAUACCCUUAAAACGUGAUUAGAAAGAGGUUGUGUAAUGUAUUUCUUUUAAACGACCGAAGAACAACUGUGAAAGUAGAAGAUUAAAGAAAAUCAUAGACGAAGAGUCACUUUCUCGAAGUCAAAUCUCGAAUUGUUCGGUUGGGUAUUCAAAAUCCUCAAAUAUUCGUUUCGUGAGUUGUAGUGUCUGGAUCGCGAGUUGUAGUUGUCUAACCGGAAUAAGGAUUUACAAAUAUCAUUCGUAAGGAAUGAACGCAUGUGUUGUGCUUACAGUAUUCUUCUAAAUUAGUCCAAUGAAUUGACGUAAAGCAGUGAUACUAAGGCCAGUAAAAGAGCCCUCUAAUUUGUACAGAAGUUAAUCGCCCAAAUGGGAAUGGAAAUGUGUGCAUCCUUCGUCAUCCCACUACGUCAAAGAAACGAUAUGUCUCGCGGUAAUGUACAAUUCUAGUUCCGAGUUCCGAGUCGGCUGAGUCAAUUCGCUUAGUGUGUGCGUGCGUUAGUUCCCGAAGUUUCGCCGUAUCUCCGGUAUUUCAAGCUGUAUCUGCCGACGGAUUACUGCUGCCUGCCUGCGCCGGUGGUGAAUGCCGAACACGCCGAACCGUCGUCGCUGUCCAACGCCGGCCACACCCGCUGCCAAGACAGCCACGGCCCCACGGUGGAGUUCAAAACCAACUGCGCCGGAACCGGCCCCGUCGGCGGUGUUCUAGGAGGAACCAGCAGCUUGCCGGGGAGCGUAGGUGGUCUUGGUUGUAUCGGGGGUGGCGUCGGUGUAGCCGGAACACCGGACGGAGUGACAAACGGUGCACCGCUAGGGCUCAGUCCGACCAGUGCGGCUGUAUCGGACUCGCAGCAGUUCAACAUAUUUCCGGCCAUCUUCAGCCGUCAGCUGAACUUUAACACCUCCACCGGUUCCUGCAGUCAGUCGAAGCUGAUGGACGAUCUGCGGCCAAAUCUGGUCGGCGGACUGCUCGGACUGCAGCAGGGUCUGCUCGAUGAUCAUGCGGCCCUCGCACACGGGGGCAACCUGUCCCAGCACAACGCUGGCCAGGAUAGUAAGUUCAUGUCCCUGCAGGACAACCGGUUGAUGGGGAUCGCUUCACACGAGAACCGACUGCUUGGGCUAGGUUCACAGGACCACGGCCGGGGUGGUAUCGGUGGACCGACGGGUGCGAACGGGGACAAAUCAAUAGGCCAGCAUCGGAAGUGUAGCAGCACACCGGAAGACUUCAGUGCCCUGUACGGAGGGUUAGCCGGGACGCCGAUCAGUGAUCAUCACCACCAUCACACGCCAGCUCACACACCUCCGAAUCGACUGUCGGACAAUGGUUCCGUAACGGCGGAAGGUGCAUUUAAAAAACUAAAACCCGAACCCAACAGUGGCCCACUCGGUUCCUCGGUGCCGGGUGGCAUUUCGUCGCCCGGAAGUGGCAUCUCGGGGUUGCCUCAGCAUGCUGGCCACACGCCUACCACAGCAUCCUGCCCGACACCGGCCCGAAGGCGACACCGAACUACCUUCACUCAGGAACAAUUAGCAGAAUUAGAGGCGGCCUUUGCGAAAUCACACUAUCCGGAUAUCUACUGCAGGGAGGAACUAGCACGAACCACUAAGCUGAACGAAGCCAGGAUACAGGUUUGGUUUCAGAAUCGAAGAGCAAAGUACCGAAAGCAGGAGAAACAGCUACAGAAGGCGCUCGCGCCCUCGGUCAUACCGUCCUGCAAUGGCAUGAUGCGCAACAUCCAGGGCUACAGCGUUUCGAGAGGUUAUCAACCGUAUCCACAUCCAAAUUCAAUCAACCGGUAUCCCCAGGACCUGUUCCAAAUGGGAGCCUCAUCCUAUCCGGGCAUGACGCAGCCGUUCUCGAUGACGCACGGUUCCAAUAUGGGUGCCGUUGGCGUUCGCCAGGACUCCAUGGGAAUGACUGCCGAGGACGAAUGGUACAACAAAAGCUUAUCGGCACUGCGAAUGAACAGCUCCCAUCAUCCGAAUCUGUCCGCACCGAUGCUGCAAUACCAAACAUAAUUAAUGUAGAUCAAAUGAAUACAAAAUAGUAGCGCACACAACCACGUCCCGCGCUCCACGCUACAUUGAGCCACACUUCACACGCACACACGCCAAACAGGAACGUACAGGACGAAAUGUACGGAACGACGGAUGCCGGACCGGGUUGCCAUCUGGGUUGAAUGCGCGGAAACCAUUUAACCGAUAGCAGUGGUGCAUCGAACAAUGCAGUUAAAGCAUCCAUCCUCGAUCCAUCCCCCCACCACACCGGCCACCAUCAUCAGGCUCGUUUUGUGGGAAAAUUCCCAUUUUUUCUACGAUCGCUGCUCCCAUCACACAUCGAUACGUGAACGCCCUCUUGUCAGCCCUGCCCAGGAUAUGGCCAUUAUUUUUAGGAUCGCUUUUAUGUUCCAUUGUUAUUGAUGAUGAUUUUUCACCAGCCCCACCAUUCUGGCCAAUGUUGUUAAAAAACAAACGACGAAAAAAAAAAUGAAACAGAAAACCGUUUAGUGUCCCGACCGGUCGGAAAAUGCUAAUUGAUUUAAUUUAUUGUGUGCAACAAAAAGAGGCUCCCCCUUUUCCCUGAUGGUGUGUUUCGUCAGGUGCGAGUGGGAAUUGAGGGGGCGAAAAGUGCUUCAUGUGCUUCAAAAAAAAAAAAACAUCCCGACCACGGCAACAUAUUCCCGGUGCCAUCUUAAGCGACGAUUUCAUCCCCGGCUUCCGUUCGGUUGGGUGAGAUAAAAUUCGCCAUAAUUUGUGUUUCAUUGCAUUUACGUUGAUCGGGAUCUGGCCAAAGCAGAUAAGCAAGGGGGGGGGAGGAAAACCAACUCUGAUGUACCGGAUCGAUGCGAGGAAUGGACAGAAAGAAAUCGCUACUACUAACGCAGAAUGUUUCCAAAUGAAAAUCAAAACUUUAUCCGUUUGCCGGAUACAGACACUGUCGUCCUUGAGACAGCACAGAUAGCAAGUGGUAAAAUGAUCCCGUGUCCAAUCUCUAGUCAUUAACUUCCUUCUCUUCCCGUACCUCACACAGCGAGGUAGACAUUUUCUAACAUAAGCAAAUCGUACAUUAAAAAAAAACACAAACACGCUGGAAAUAAGAAGAGAUUUAGCAAAAGGUUUUCUAUAAUGGAAGCGCAAAACAAGUCAAUAAACCUUCUUUCACCAAGUACCAGUUUGUACCGAAUGUGGCAAAACAUUUAAACAUUCGAUUAAAAAAGUAUGAGAAAAAACAUAGCUAAAUUAUUUUAUUUUACACAAGUGAACAAGCGAAAAACAACAAUGCAGCAAAACGCACGUUCGCACACGCGUAUACGCUAACGUAUACGCACCGAAUGCCAACAAACAGCACAGAUGGGGGGCGCUCUGCAAACAAUACAAAAUUAUGAUAAAAUAAAAAGCAGACCGAUCGACGGCAAUGUCGUCCAAAAUUAUGCCCCGGAUUGGUUGGUUGGCCACCAGUGUGCCCCCCCUUUUCUAGGAGCGUCAACUGCAACUGUAUCUUGUACAUAGAACACUAUACGAGUAGUAAGGAAUAUUAAGGAUACAAAAGGAAAUACUAUAAACCAGGGCUGCUGCUAUAUAACACUGCUGCUAGAGAGAGCGAAACGCGGGAUGCGAUAAACAAAACAAACCACCACCAGCUAAACCAGGUGGGGACAGUAACAACAAAAAAACAAUCCAGAAAGCGUUUGAAUUUUAUGUAGAUGUAAAUAUUAUAAGAUACAUUAAAAUUAAUACAACCGUCAAAAGCAAAAGAUUGUGUUUUCUACUGUUUUUUUCUGUUUUGCGUAAAGUAUGCAAACCGCAAGACAAAAUCACUUUAACAGUAUCACGGACAUGAAGAGCGGUAGUGAUUAAUCUAACAUUUAAUUACUAUUCGAGUUAAAGGUAAGCAUAAUUUACUAGUAUUCGAAUAAAGCUUUAAGAAGGAAUGUUGUUGUCAAUGUUUAAAUAACCUAUAAUGUAAUUUAAAACUAAAAAAGCUACCAGCAAAACAUUGUGUGAAAACAGCAAUGUGUUUCUUACGUUUCAUUUUCGGACAGUUCAAUGCAAAUGACAAAAAAAAAACUACCAGCAUGAAAUUAUAUUAAUCGGCGAAUUACUUUGAAUUGGUUACUGAUUUUUAUUUUCUGCACUAAACCGUUUGUUUUUCGCUUAAUUAAAUAUUAAUCGAUAGCAAUCAUAAUCGGAUGAAACAUUAUAAAAUCGCAGUCCCUGCCUCUUAACGUUCUAAACCUGUUGCUCUUCUUGUCGUCCCUCUGCCACUGUGGGGGUGUAUAUGUUCGUAUCCUUGUAACACAACAUUGCUAUGCCUGAAAGCCAACUGUGUAGCUACAACUGACUC